UGUUUAUUUGCAGAGGCAGCAGUUCCAUUGAAGAGUGAGAGGUUCUUCCGGCUGCUGAGUUCUGAUACCCAGAAAAAGGUCGAAUCUUUAUGCAUACCCUUCUCUAUUACAUAUAGCCAGUGAGGUUUUACGAAUACUGACUGACCGAGGAAUAGAGGGAAAGAAGAAGGCGCUAUAAGGUUUAGGGUUCCCAUCUGAGUUCCGAAAAUGAGUGUAUGGAACUACGCAGUUACGGCUCACAAACCCACUAACGUCACUCAUUCAUGCGUCGGCUAUUUUACCGGUUCUCAAGAACUUAAUCUCAUCAUCGCGAAAUGCACCCGGAUAGAGAUUCAUUUGCUUACUCCUCAGGGUUUGCAGCCCUUGUUGGACGUGCCAAUAUAUGGGAGAAUUGCGACACUGGAACUUUUCCGCCCUCGUGGUGAAGCUCAGGAUCUUCUAUUCAUUGCAACAGAAAGAUAUAAAUUCUGUGUACUUCAGUGGGAUCCUGAGGCCUCAGAGGUUAUUACGAGAGCUAUGGGAGAUGUGUCAGAUCGAAUUGGUCGCCCAACAGAUAAUGGCCAGAUUGGUAUCAUUGAUCCCGACUGCAGAUUGAUUGGUCUUCAUUUAUAUGAUGGUCUAUUUAAGGUUAUUCCAUUUGAUAACAAAGGGCAGCUUAAAGAAGCAUUCAACAUUAGGCUUGAGGAGCUUCAGGUUUUGGAUAUCAAGUUUCUGUAUGGUUGCUCCCGGCCUACAAUAGUUGUGCUUUACCAGGAUAAUAAAGAUGCCCGUCAUGUCAAAACAUAUGAAGUUGCUUUAAAGGAAAAAGAUUUCAUCGAGGGGCCAUGGUCUCAAAACAAUCUUGACAACGGGGCUGAUCUGCUUAUUCCAGUGCCCCCACCUUUGUGUGGAGUUCUCAUUAUUGGGGAAGAAACAAUUGUGUACUGCAGUGCUUCUUCAUUCAAAGCUAUCCCGAUUAAACCAUCAAUUACUAGAGCCUACGGUAGGGUUGAUGCUGAUGGUUCUAGGUACUUACUUGGUGAUUAUGCUGGUCUCCUUCAUCUUCUUGUUAUAAUCCACGAGAAAGACAAAGUUACAGGACUCAAAAUUGAGCUAUUGGGGGAAACAUCUGUUUCGUCAACAAUAUCUUAUCUGGAUAAUGCAGUCGUAUAUGUUGGCUCAAGCUAUGGAGAUUCACAGCUCAUAAAACUGAAUCUCCAUCCUGAUUCAAAAGGUUCCUAUGUGGAAGUUUUAGAAAAAUAUGUCAAUCUGGGUCCCAUUGUGGACUUUUGUGUUGUUGACUUGGAGAGACAAGGUCAAGGUCAGGUAGUUACCUGCUCUGGAGCCUACAAAGACGGAUCUCUUCGCAUAGUUCGGAACGGAAUUGGGAUCAAUGAGCAGGCAUCUGUAGAACUUCAAGGAAUCAAAGGAAUGUGGUCGCUUAGAGCAUCUUCUGAUGAUCCCUUUGAUACAUUCUUAGUUGUCAGUUUCAUUAGUGAAACAAGGAUUUUGGCAAUGAAUCUUGAGGAUGAGUUGGAAGAAACUGAGAUAGAUGGUUUCUGCUCUGACGUCCAGACUUUGGUUUGCCAUGAUGCUGUCCACAAUCAACUUGUGCAGGUUACGUCAAGCUCAGUUAGGCUGGUCAGUUCUAUCUCCAGAGAGCUGCGUCAUGAAUGGCAUGCCCCAUCAGGGUAUUCUAUAAAUGUUGCAACUGCUAAUGCUACCCAGAUUUUAUUGGCUACUGGUGGUGGUCACCUUGUUUAUUUCGAAAUUGGUGAUGGACUGCUGAUAGAAACAAAACAUGCACAACUGGAAUAUGAUGUAUCAUGCCUGGAUCUAAAUCCCAUUGGUGAAGAUGUGAACCACAGUCAGCUAGCGGUCGUUGGAAUGUGGACUGACAUAACUGUCAGGAUAUUUUCUCUUCCUGAUCUGAAUCUCCUUACAAAAGAGAACUUGGGAGGAGAGAUAAUUCCACGUUCUGUUCUUUUAUGUUCAUUUGAAGGGGUAUCAUACUUGCUUUGUGCCUUAGGAGAUGGUCAUCUUUUGAACUUCCUGUUGAAUAUGAGCACUGGAGAGUUAACCGAUAGGAAAAAAGUGUCUCUGGGGACACAGCCUAUAACACUUCGCACUUUCUCAUCAAAAAAUACCACCCACGUGUUUGCAGCAUCAGAUAGACCCACGGUCAUCUACAGUAGCAAUAAGAAAUUACUCUAUAGCAAUGUAAAUCUGAAGGAAGUCAGCCACAUGUGUCCCUUUAACUCUGCUGCUUUUCCCGAUAGCCUUGCAAUUGCAAGAGAAGGGGAACUAACCAUUGGAACCAUUGACGAUAUCCAGAAACUUCAUAUACGUACCAUCCCGCUAGGGGAACAUGCCCGCCGUAUAUGCCAUCAAGAACAUACUAGAACAUUUGCCAUAUGCAGUUUAAAGUAUAACCAGUCAAAUUCAGAAGAAACUGAAAUGCAUUUUAUCCGUUUGCUUGAUGAUCAAACCUUUGAAUUCAUAUCAACUUACCCUUUGGACCAAUAUGAGUAUGGAUGUUCCAUUAUCAGUUGUUCCUUCUCCGAUGAUCCCAAUGUGUACUACUGUAUAGGUACUGCGUAUGUUAUGCCUGAGGAGAAUGAGCCAACCAAGGGCCGAAUACUGGUUUUCAUGGUCGAAGAUCAAAAGUUGCAACUAGUUGCGGAGAAGGAAACAAAAGGUGCUGUCUACUCUCUCAAUUCCUUUAACGGAAAGCUUCUUACUGCGAUCAAUCAGAAGAUCCAGUUAUUCAAAUGGACGACACGUGAUGUUGGCACCACUCAUGAGCUAAUACCAGAAUGCGGACAUCAUGGCCAUAUACUCGCACUUUACGUGCAAACACGUGGGGAUUUCAUCGUUGUUGGCGAUCUGAUGAAAUCGAUCUCUCUUCUAAUGUACAAGAAUGAGGAAGGUGCCAUUGAGGAACGGGCACGUGAUUACAACGCGAAUUGGAUGUCUGCGGUUGAGAUCCUCGACGACGACGUUUACCUUGGAGCAGAAAACAAUUUCAACCUUUUCACAGUAAGGAAGAACAGUGAAGGUGCAACAGACGAAGAAAGGAGUCGUCUUGAAGUAGUAGGAGAAUAUCAUUUGGGUGAAUUCGUUAAUCGUUUUCGUCACGGUUCUCUUGUGAUGAGGCUGCCUGAUUCUGAUGUGGGUCAGAUUCCUACAGUGAUUUUUGGUACAGUCAAUGGAGUUAUUGGGGUUAUAGCAUCUCUACCACAUGAUCAGUAUAUUUUCUUAGAGAAGCUCCAGUUGAAUCUGAGGAAAGUAAUAAAGGGUGUGGGAGGACUUAGCCAUGAACAAUGGAGGUCUUUCUAUAAUGAAAAGAAAACGGCUGAUGCUAAGAGUUUCUUGGAUGGGGAUUUGAUCGAGUCGUUCCUUGAUCUUAGUCGGGCUCGAAUGGAUGAGAUUUCAAAGGCGAUGUCUGUUUCGGUUGAAGAGCUUAUGAAGAGAGUAGAAGAGUUAACUAGGUUGCACUGAUAUCUUUGUUUUCUUCAUGUUGAGCUAUAUUAUUUAAUUGUUUUUGGACACAAUGGGCUAUUUUUUGUUUCUUUCAUUUUGUUUGCAACUUUAAGUCUUCUUUUUAAAUAUUAUUAGUGCUGAAUCUAUGUAUGAUAUGAACAUUUUUUUUGUCGGUAAAAACUGUUUAGCCACUCAUCAUGAAUGAUGGAAACUUGGUUUGCUAGGGGAGUCUUCUUAACUAUAUAUUAUAUAAUUUGU